GCAUGUAGGAGCGUUUUCCGGCAUAUUCAUGGCCUCUAAACGCAAGUUCCACCACUUUACUGUGGUGCAAAGAAAAAGAGCUGUCGACACAUCCGUGGUGGAGCUGUGCCCUAUGUUUACAUGAACAAACGUUUGGGUAUUAGUUUAUUAUACGUCGUUUGCAUCACGACCAUUAGUCAAGCGUUUACAGGACGACAACGUCACGUCUGCCUUAGCAUUCUUGGCACAGGAACCGGACUUGCCGGUGUAUUCUAUCCCUUUCUUUUACCCAGUCUUGUGGAGGCUUUCGGGCUCAUGGGAACAUUUCUUGUGCUAGGUGGUGUCUUUCUUAAUGUUUGGACUAUACCCGUUCUCAUUUAUUGGAACCAGCCUAGAAAAAUGACGUCAGAAAUCCCAGACACUACUUGUGACAAUGACAAUGCAAGAUGCGGCCCGAAAGCGGUGAAUACUAUUUAUGCAUCAGGGGCUCUAUAUUGGCAACAGAUAGUAAAUGCUGCUCGGAAAGUAGUUCUCGAAAUGCGAGAAGUGUUGUUCCUAGAAAAUGUGCUCAAUAUGGUAGGAACGGGAUUACUAUUGGCUGUCAAUAACGCUUACCUGACGUUACAGCUUGACAUAGCUAUCUGGCGCGGGUUAUCACGUGAGGUCGGACUGAACGCUUUCGUUGUUGUGAACAGCGUAAACGUAAUAGCCGGUUUAGUUCCAGGCCUACUGAAGCAGAUUCCGGGACUCAGCUACUCAUGUUUGCUUAUUGUCGUUGCGGUGUUUGGUCUGGCCGGAAGCCUUCUAAUUCUACUCUCUUCCGGCGCGCCUCUGUAUUUCUUAGCGUCCACCCUCAUUGGUGUCUCCCUCGGUGGCGUCUUGACGUCGUCCCUGAUUGGACUAAAGAUUGUCCGACAGGAGCUGAUCUCGGUGGCGUCAGGGACGCUCAUUACCAUGAAUGGAUUGAUGACGGCCGUGUUGGGGCCUCUUUUGGGAUACUUUCGUGACAUCAGCAGUGACUACAACCUCAUGCUUUACAUCGCCAUUACGAUUGACGUACUGGUUGUGAUUCUUUAUGUCACAGCAUUCCUUGCGAGAAGGCCACGUGGCUAUGACGUCACAAUGGAUAAAAGACGAGACACCCCAAAGGCUGAACUUAUUUCAUUCCAUGAUAAUAAAGAGAUGCCUCGAUGGCAGCAACACCAGGAAAGUUGUAAACAGAACCGUUGAUCGACCCUGACCUACUGACAGCAAAAUAACUGUUAUCCUAAUCCUAAUGCUGUAUACUCGUCCAGCUCGUUAUUAAGAACUGGAAUUGUUUUUGAAAGAUUUUUGUAUUUAAUAUUUUUUGAUCGUGAUACGAAUACCAAAUCAAAUGUAUUUGAGAACAAAUUGUAUACAUGAUACUUACAGUGUUACGAAAGAUAAUUUUUCAGGUCAUGCUUAUAUUGAAUAAGUAGAAUUUAAUGUCUUAACUCGUUAAUUAAGUGCACAAUUUGUUUUUCAUUAAUCCUGGUGUUCCAAUGCCCUUAUAGUUUGAUUCACAAUUAAUAUUGCACCUUUAUAAGUUGAACAACAUUUGCAAAAUAAAUGCAACAAAAGCGUUAAUGUUAUCCUCAAAGACACAUUUUAUUCAAUCCAAAAAUUUAGAACUGUUCUAGUACUGGUUUACUUUUAAUUAUAGAAACUUAAAUUUUAUCCAAAGACCCAAGAUCAAAGAAGUUUGCUCUUAUAUAUAAAAUAGGAAUGUUUUUGAAGAUUAUUUACAAUUUAUCAAGAAUUUUCACUCAAAUUCUAUAAGAAUCUUGUUAAUUCUAAAACAUUUAGACAUGAGAUAAAUAGAGAAAUUUUGAACAUUCUAAACAUAUCCCCCCAAAAAAACAGUCCAGACCUAUAAUAGGGCUGCAACAUGAAUCUAGAUCAGCUAACAAAAUAGAAUUAAACUAUAUAAUAAUGCAUCAAUGAAUUUAGAAUACAUACCUGUGUAAAAAUCGAAAUGAAAUAUUGUGAAUUUUCAUGUCGAUUUGUCGAAAACUGUCGCGAGAAUGACACUGACAUGAAUCAUUGUUAUAUUAUAUUAGACGUUUUAUUUGUCAUCUAAAUAGUGAUUGACUUGCAUGUCACGCGUGUAUUUCAUGCUCGACUACUUAAUAUAUAAAGCGAUGAUAUUUAUAUUCGACAGAAAAAAAUAUUUCUUUAGACCUUUCUUGACAUGUAAUUAUUAUUAUAUUUUUGACAUUACAUGUGAACCUUCUUUAUUAAAUACAAACACCAUA